GACCCAGGACACGUUGACCAGCUCCCCCCAGACAGCCACUAUUCCACCAGGGGCCUGUACACUGAAGACCUCCCCUUCUCUGCCAGGCCACGACCAGUAGGGGGCACCACAGGUACACACGCCCACACACACACACACACACACACACACACACACACACACACACACACACACACACACACACACACACACACACACACACACACACACACACACAGACACACACACACACAUACACACACAGCUCAACAGUCACUGGAUGUAUGCCAGUUUGUCUAACCCAGACAACUCACCUCUCUCCCAUGAACCUGUCAGCCUCAAAGAGCCUGGUCUCUAUUGAAUUAUUAAAGAGUGGGGUUCUUGGUGUGCUGUGAGAGUUACACUAAUAUAAAUGGACUCUGCCUUAUGGAGUGCUGCUGCUGCACAGAGAAUGCAUUUCAACUGUAGGAAUUGCAUCAAAGUAUAUUACAGACCAGUAAGGAUUAAAUGUCAGAGAUGCCUGAGGGUUGAAAUGUAUGUUUUUGCGUCCGUGUGUGUGUGUGUGUGUGUGUGUGUGUGUGUGUGUGUGUGUGUGCAUACGUGCAUCUGUAUGUAGGUGCCCAGUUCCAUCACCUGACCCAGAUGGGUCUUGGGAGCCGGGUCAACGGGGGAUACCCGGCGGGGGGUAGGGCCCCUCCAGGUCAGACUGGCGGUUCAGGGUGGGGACCGUACGCUGACGAUGACUUCAGACCCACCAGAGACCCUGUGAGUCCUGCUCUGACCUCACACCGCCUUAUGAGACUUACUGUACCUCUGCUUUUAAUCCUUUCCUCUUCCAGCUAGCUUCUCUAGAUCUCCAAAUAUACAGUACAAGGGCAUGCUCUUGUUCUUCUAGACUCUAUGUUGCUGCAUAUCAGUUUGAGUUCUGUAGUUAUGGAUGUUGGUUCACUGUACAGAUGAAGAAUCUUAAUUUGAUUACCCUGUUGCAGGAGAACUUGCCUGCAUCGCAGGAAAUGUAAAACGUGUAGUGUAUUUGAGGUUUAAAAAGGCUUCUGAAGUUUGUAAUUUUCACUUUGAAAUGUCAGACGAAAAAUGUAUCAACCCAAACAUUUUAUUUUCAUGAAUUAUAAUCCACAUAAUAUUUCACAUUUCCUGUUGCUGCAGAAUACUUUCCUGCUGUAGAAAACUGGCGCAAAUUAAGAUCCUGCAUCUGUAGUCCUUUUACCUCCCAGCUGUCAAUCUGUAGAGAUGAACGUUCCCAUGAUAUAUUGAGAACUGUAGUGAAAUAGGCAAUGUAAAAACACACACUCUCCUCUUUUCUCCUAAAACGUAUUUAUCUUCUCUUUUUCCUCUUCUUCUUUCCUUCCUUCCCUGUGUGCGUCAGGUUCUUCUGGGCUACCCUGACUCCUCCUCCUCUAUGUUCCAGAUGCCUAGUAGAAGUGCACUAAGGGAGCCCUCUGCCACCCUGGCCCACCUGGACACCCACACCACCGGGUUCGGCUACCCUCCAGAGGAGUCCUCCUCUCCGCCCAACCACUCAUCUGCUUCCCUUAUCAAGGCCAUCAGGGAGGAGCUGCUGCGCCUCUCCCAGAAACAGCAAGCCGUGCCCAGCUACCACAGC